AAGUUGGCAGGUGGUUCCAUUUAUCAGCCAAGUGGACGUAAAGUUUACGACCGAUUUAUACCCAUUCUCAGCUCUCUCGCCCGCCUUUUUUUUGAGUGUGGUGAAAAGCUUCUUUCUCUCUUUCUCCCAAGAAAAUGUUGUUUAUUUUUGCCUUGUUUCGGCUUCUUAAUCAUUGUGACAAAACUUUUGGCAAAAGUUUCGAUCAAGUUUUUUGUAUUUUUUGGCAAACAGAUUUAGGCGAUAAGAAUAAGUUUUUCAUAUUAUCAUCUUCAGCAGCGACAAGAAAAUAAACAUUUAUCGGACUGGACUUUGCCUUAAAAGUAUGCUAUUUAGAAAUAAAAUCCCUUGUGAUUUGUAGUCCAGUCUUAAUAGUAAUAUAUUAAAAGAAAAUCUACAACAAAUGCAAAAAGUGAACAUCAGAACUUGAAGUAGAAUUCAAAACGAAAACAAAAUGAAAUACUUCGAAAUAAAGACAACUUUUCAAUGUAAAUAAAUCAAUAAACGCUGAAUGAACAAUGGAAUUUUAAUGAAAUUAAAAGCCAACAAAGUAAAAGUUUUAGGAAACCCAAGGAAAUAAAAGACAGAAUAAAUAAUAAAAUAUCAAACCAAAAAAACCUAUUAGAACUAGAAACUAAUAAAACAAACAGCCAGUUAAUUCUUAAACUAGAAACUUUUAUUGUUAAAAAAAAUUAAAAUAGCUGAAAAAUAAUUGAAUAAAUAGAAGACAUUUUAUUAGAGUCAAUGAAAAUUCAAUUUCAAUUGCAAAAGAGGCAAACAAGCAAAUAGAACAUAAUCAAUCAACAAUUAAAAUAGAAAUCGAAUGCCUAAAAACACAUAAAUGAAUAAAAUCCUACACAGCACACUAGCUAAAUAAAUAGAAUAAACAAUGGCGUCCAAUAGUGUAUUAAAAUAAAUAUAAACAAAAUAGAAAGCAAAGCAAUCAGUGGCUAAAUAAAUAAUAGUUUGUUAAAAAAAAAAGUGAAGUAUAAACAAAAGAGCAAAAACAAUGUCGAUGGCAUUGUGCAAUUUAAAUGGCGACGGCAGUGCGGCGCAGUCGACGGCGCAGUCGCAGUCGCCGGCCGUCGCGGCAGCGCAUUCACAUACGCUGCAGCAGGAGAGUACGCCGCUGCUCUUGGGCCACGACCAGAGUGGCGUUGCGGCAGAGGUCGCCGGCAGAGGUGACGCAGCGGUCACUUCCAUUGAAAUGCCCACUGUGGCAGGCAGCGAUUCUGCUGCCGUACCGUCGCUGCCUCUGCCGGCGUCGCUGCCAGCGCAGCCGCCAGCGCAGCCGCAGCCACCGCUGCUGAUGGCGCUGCCCGCCAACCUCAACUUCGUAACGGGACCCACGACACAGCAGCUGAUGAUCGGUAACGGCGCCGUCGGCGUCAUGCCCUCGACCAACGACAACAAUAACAACAACAACAACGUGGACAAUACUAGCGACGAAUCGAACCCGGUCACCAUUUACAGGUGCCGGGCUCCCAUUGCGUCACUCGACUGUAUGGAGGAGUUCAGUGGCCGCUCCAUCAGCCUGGGCUCCAAUCCGGCGCUGCCGCUGCGGCACGGCUCCACGCCGACGCCGGGGCUGCGGUACAAGAAUCUCGGCAAGAGCGGCCUACGGAUCUCCAACGUGGGCCUGGGCACCUGGCCGGUCUUCUCGCCGGGCGUCAGCGAUGAGCAGGCGGAGGCCAUCCUCAAGCUGGCCAUCGAGAGCGGCAUCAACCUGUUCGACAUCUCGGAGGCCCACUCGGAGACCGAGAUCGGCAAGAUCCUGCAGCGGGCGGGCUGGAAGCGGACCGCCUACGUCAUCACCACGAAGGUCUACUGGAGCACCAAGUCCGAGGAACGGGGUCUUUCCCGGAAACACAUCAUCGAGUGUGUUAGGGCCAGUUUGCAGCGAUUGCAGCUGCAGUACAUCGAUAUCGUCAUCAUUCACAAGGCGGAUCCCAUGUGUCCCAUGGAGGUGGUGCGCGCCAUGAGCUACGUAAUACAACAGGGCUGGGCAAUGUACUGGGGCACCGCCCGGUGGAGCCAGGUGGAGAUCAUGGAGGCCUACACCAACUGCCGCCAGUUCAACUGCAUCACGCCCAUCGUGGAGCAGUCCGAGUACCACAUGUUCUGCCGCGAGAAGUGCGAGCUCUACCUGCCGGAGAUGUACAACAAGAUCGGCGUGGGCCUCAUGGCCUGGGGCCCCCUCUCGAUGGCCCUGAGCGACACCCAGAACGGCGACAAGCUCUUCCUGCCCAAGGGAUCCUUCAAGACGAAGAGCUUCUCGUGGACCGAGGACGAGAUCAAUCGCAAUGCCGCUCUGUCGCCGCAGGGCAGUUGGGGCAAGGACCGGAUUGAGGAGGGGCGCCGCCACUGCGACCGCCUCCGUGACCUUGCCGCCCUCGCCGAGAAGCUGGGCUGCAGCCCCACCCAGCUGUCGAUCGCCUGGUCGCUGAAGCACGAGCCUGUCCAGUGUCUGCUGCUGGGCGCCACCUCGGCGGAGCAGCUCCACCAGAGCCUGCAGUCGUUGCAGCUGCUGCCACGGCUCUCCUCGAGCGUCAUGCUGGAGCUGGAGCGGAUCCUCGAGAACAAACCGGUGCGGCCGCCGAUGAUCUCGACCCUGGCGCUCCGGUGACAAUCAGCGUGCCCGCAGGGGCCGCUCAGCCUGAGCGGCGGCGGACCCUGCGGCGCAGACUCGCCGAAGCACGAGGAUGAGGCCUUCAUCGAGGAGGUGGACGCUGCCAAGGAUGCUGCCAAGCAGGGAUUCUGCCUCAUCCAGUGACGAAAGGAGUCCUUAGAUAACGAUAAUAAAUUUUUGAAAGUGAUUAGCAGUAAAACUAGCCUAAGUAGCAAUACCAUGACGACAACAAUAAGCAAGCAGGAGCAGCAGCAGCAGCAACAUCUCCAGCAGCAGCAGCAGCAACAUCUCCAGCAGCAGCAGCAAUAUGUGCAACUUCAACAGCAAGCUUUGCUGACCAGCGAUUCGGUAGCGAUUCCCAUCGCAGCUGACCUCCAGUUCGACACCCUGAAUAAUAAUAACCAAAACAAUAACACCGGCAGUCCGGACCAGGCUCUGCCCUCCAAUGAUGAGCCCCAGAAACGCCGAUCCCUGCUGAACUUCAAGAGCCUGGACUAUCACUUGAAGUCCCUGUACAGCGGAUUGCGGAGUAACUCGGGCACAGGAACUCCGCCAAGUCAGCCGAACACCUCGAUUCCAGCGGUGGAUGUGACGCAGCGCAGGAUGCCCUAUUUGCGGGUGGAGAGUGUGGAUCCCGAGGAGCCCAGAGGAUCGGUUAUCCACCACGGACACUCCCCCAGCUUUCUAUCGCCCUACAGUGGAGCAGGUGCGUCAGGAGUUGCCAGCCUCCAGUUGCCCUCCAGCGAAGGGGGAACCAUCAGGAGAUCCUCUACUUCGGAUAUAGUCAAUUGCAGGCGGGGAGGGGGAGCAGGGGGAUCAGGAGGAUCAGGAGGGGGAGGAGCAGCCUCUGCCCAGGACAGCCGAAGGCCCAGCACAUCGGAUUUGCUCAGAAAGGCCAGGGAACGGAAGGGCAGUGAGGCCCGUAUGGGCAGGAGUGUCUCCCACAGUGGGCUGACCAGGGGCGGACCCGGCGGAGGAGGCGGUGGUCUGGGGGGCAGAAGAACCAGCAUGGCCUUCUAAGGAAAAAAUAGGAAACCCCAAGUGGCGAAAUAUGGCAAAAAAAAAACUGUUGAUCAAAUCUGAAUCAGAAAUAGGCUGACAAAAUGGCGCUUAUGAAUUUUUAUCUAGUUAAAACGGAAAACCAAACCAAAAAAAAUACCAAAAUAUAGAGCAGCUAUUAAGGAACGACUUUUUUGUGGAUCUAUUAUCAUUAUGAUUAUAAUAUGGUUACUAUAAUUGCGCCUCAAAAAGAACUAAAGUUAGUAGAUAACAAGUAAUGAACAGAAACAUAACAUUUCAUCUCUCUUAAACUCUGUAUCUCUCUCUCCCCCCAGCAAUUUAAUAUAUAUACCUAUAUUUAAAGAACCCCCAACUUUUAUGACAAUAUUAGAACCUAACUAUCGUGUACUAUCGUUAACUAUCGCCUGGCAAAAGCUCUAAAACUAACCUGCGUUCUGGCCCCAAAACAAAAGAGAAAAUGAUUCAAGAUCGAUCCAUUAUAUCAUCUUACUGUGAGAGUUCAUAUCAAGCGAAAAGGAUACCCAAAAAACUGUAUGGGCAAAGCAAGGAAGACGUCUUUUUUGAUUAAUUGAUUAGUAGAAGACUUAACGAGUGUUAAACGAUUGUUAACGAUUACGAUGGAGGCGCUGGAGGGGAGCGCUUAGCGAUUAAAGAUUACGAAAAAACGGAUAACGCAAUGGGAAAUUCGUCGGAUAAUUAAAUUUUAGCUAAAUAAAAGAAGAUAGAAGUGAAAAAAAAUACUCAAAUGAAAAACAAAGAAACAAUUCAAAUCAAAUCUUAUUAUAUAGACAUUACUAGCAUUAUGUAGUUAAAUAAUAACAAUUCAAGCGAAAUUUUUUUAAAUCAACAAACGAAAAACAAAGCAAAUGCCUUUCAUAACAGCAACAACAACAACAACAACAACAAAUAGUUUAUAUUUUAAAUAUAUGCAGUCUAUAUAUAGAUAUACACACACACACAUAUGUGAAGAAAACGAAAGCGAUGAAAUAAAACAAAGCAGCAACAAA